AUGUUCAAGCUCUCGGAGCUGGUGCGCUGGCUAGGGCUCACUGAGUUCGAGAUCCUGGUCAACCUGUGCGGCCUACUGGUGUUCACCAUCACGCUGGCCGUCAAGCUGCACCUGCAGGCCAGUGCCGGACCCGGUGGUAUCCUGCCGGAGGCCAUGUGUGACUGGUUUACCGUCUUCAGCCCCCUGUUCUUCAUCGACAUUUGCAACGCGUACUUCUGCGUCAUUGUGGGCAUCCGCAUGUACCUGGACUCGAACAACAAGCGCAAGGCACUGCACCGCUUUAUGUGGAGCACCUACUUUCUGGUGCUGAUUGCCAUCUUUAAAUACCUGCUCUGCCUGAAGCUCUCCAGCAAGACCGGCCUCGAGUACUCGGAAGUCUUCUCGCCGAUCUUUGUGCUCUUGCAGCUCGUAGCGGUGAGGGCGUGCCAGUUGCCCAAUUCCAUCUGAACCAAAGCCCUUGAUAUAAUCACACUUACAUAUAUUCUGUCUGAUCUAAUAUGGAUGAAAUGUGUUUGAUAUCUUUUAUUCUUAAGGGUGUAUUCAUGCCCCAAGUGGAAUCAUAUAUUAAAUGUUUUUGAACUGAA